UCGCUGUUGGAGACGACCGCCUCCGGAAGGUGGCGGUAGUAGACACUACUGAAAGAAAUCAACGAAGAAGAAGAGAAGCGGAAGGCGUAAGCAGACGAAGAAGAGAUUUUCUGGAGAGGUUCUCGUACUUCUUUUUGCGUUAUUGGAACCCACCAGAGGAUGGAAGAAUCACUUCUACGAUCCCCAAUUCCUAGGAACCUUGUGGGAGUGCUUGGUGUUGAGCCUCAGACCAUCUCCCAGGCAGCGGCUUUCACCGAGGCCUUCCUCGCCAGCAGCGUUCAGCACCCGGAGCGCCACGACGUGAAGAACAUGCUGACUCACAAGGCUGUGAUCCUGAGCUACGCCAGGCCCAAGAAGGAAAAGACGAAGAGCAAGAAAGCCAAGGGGCUGAACGCGCGUCAGAAAAGAGCGAUGAAGGUCUUCCAGAUUAAGCCCGAACAACAAAAAUACGAGCUCUUCCUGCCUUUGCAUCAGCUCUGGAGACAGUACAUUGUUGACCUGUGCGGUGGAUUAAAGCCAACAAGCAACCCUCAGAUCCUGCAGCAGAAGCUUCUGAAGGCGGACCUCCACGGGGCCAUUAUCACAGUGGUCCGGUCCAGAUGCCCGUCCUACGUGGGGAGUACGGGGAUUCUGGUGCAGGAGUUCAAGCACGUCUUCAAAAUCAUCACCAGGGAGGACAAACUGAAAGUGAUUCCGAAGAGGAACAGCGUGUUUUCCGUGGAGAUCAACGGCUUCGUGUCGCACGUCUACGGGAACAAGUUUGAGCAGCGGGCCAGCGAGCGCUCGGCAAAGAAGUUUAAGGUGAAGGGAACCAUCGACCUUUGAUGGCUCCCGGAUCCGUGUUUCUCACAUUGAAAGGACUGGAUUUUCAGAGGAGCCCCGCUUGUGUUCGGGCCAGAGAUCUGCACAGGAAGCCUUCCAAACUCUGAGAAAAAAAGACUGCCCUGCUCUGCUCGGCUUUCUCAGACAUCAGCCCUGUUUUCAUGGAGAGAGACGUUUGAACGACAUCUCCAGACUUUCUGCUGGUUCCCCUGAAGGUUCGAAGAGGAAAAUGCGACGUUUUAUCUUAUUUUUAGUCCACUUUCAAGAGAAUGAUGGUGACACAGAUGGUUGUGAGUGGGAACAGAGCACAGACUGG